GGCUGCUGCGGAGAUACAGCUGGAUACUAUUGAACGCCGAAGACUGUAUUUUUGCCAGGCAAGUCAUAGACCGUAUAAGUGACGAAGAGGCAGUUCGAGGGAACAGUAAUGGAGAAGCUUUGAUCCAACGUUUUUCACGCCACUUCGAUACGAAGUGAUUUUCAUAGCAGGUUAAGAGAGCCUUUUCGGUAGUGCGGCCCCAAUUUUCGUGGCAAAUCAUAACGACGUGUUACCUCAAACGACUGUGAGCUGAGAUGGAAACUGGAGAGCAGGUUGGAGUGGAGGCUGUCCCCUACUGCUGUUCUGACUUUGAUAGUGGGGAGACCCCCGCCCGUGGCCUGGCCAUCCGCACCAGAAAGACCCGCAGUCUGAGCACCUCAUCUGCCACUGCCUGCGACUACAGGAGAAAUCAGUCUCUACAUGGACCAAGUCCUGUGACCACUUUUGGACCGAAAGCAUGUAUGCUGCAGAAUCCACACGCAGUCAUGCACAUUCAGGACCCAGCCAGUCAGAGGCUGACGUGGAACAAGCCUCCCAAAAGUGUCCUUGUCGUCAAGAAGAUCCAGGAUGCCAGUCUACUGCAGCCUUUCAAAGAGCUGUGUGUUUUUCUCACAGAGCAGAAAAACAUGAUUGUUUAUGUGGAGAGCAAGGUCCUGGCGGACACAGCCAUUGCGGGCGAUGAGAGCUUUGGGGCCGUCAUUCAGAAGUUCUGUACCUUCAGAGAAGAUCUCGAUGACAUUUCCAAUCGAGUGGAUUUCAUCAUCUGUCUUGGUGGAGAUGGGACCUUACUUUACGCAUCAUCACUCUUCCAGGAGAGUGUUCCACCUGUUAUGGCCUUCCACCUGGGUUCUCUGGGCUUCCUCACACCUUUCAAAUUUGACACAUACCAGUCUCAGGUCACCCAAAUCAUUGAAGGUAACACCGCCAUCAUCCUGCGCAGUCGCCUGCGGGUGAGAGUGGUGAAGAAGGGCAUCAUCAUGACGAACGGUGACAGUGAGGGCAGCCGCAAAUCCAUGCAGUACCAGGUGCUAAAUGAGGUGGUGGUGGACAGAGGCCCGUCGUCCUACCUUUCCAACGUGGACCUCUUCCUAGACGGACACCUCAUCACCACGGUACAGGGAGACGGUGUGAUAGUGUCCACUCCCACGGGCAGCACGGCGUACGCGGUGGCGGCCGGAGCCUCCAUGAUCCACCCCAACGUGCCGGCCAUCAUGAUCACUCCCAUCUGCCCCCACUCAUUGUCCUUCAGACCCAUCGUAGUGCCUGCUGGGGUGGAACUCAAGAUCAUGCUGUCACGUGACGCCAGAAAUACGGCCUGGGUGUCGUUUGACGGGAGGAAGAGACAAGAGAUCUGCCAUGGAGACAGCAUUACCAUCACUACUUCAUGCUUUCCUGUUCCCUCCAUCUGUUUCCGGGACCCCGUGAACGACUGGUUUGAGAGCCUGAGCCAAUGUUUACACUGGAAUGUGAGGAAGAAGCAGAACUACCUCUGCUCAGAGGAGGAAGAAUUCUGAGGCCAACAAACUCGCCUCCCGGUGACGCUAUGUUGACCCUUUGGGUGCGUUCCAGAUAUACAGAUUCUGCACAGUUCACUGAUGAAAUCUGAUCUUUAUAAUACCUGGACAAGUGUUUUAACAUACUAGGAUACGACGUCAACAUGAUAUUUUGAUAUCCUAUAUCUGGAAUGCACCCAUUGACUUCAGUUGGAUUCCAUCAGGUAAAUUUGCAACUAAUAUCCUCCAGAGAUGGUUUGCAUUAUUUUGUUUUGGUUCUAGAAUGAAUCAUCCCUUACUGUUAAGAAUUUCACGCCCUUUGAAAAAGAUUGUCGAAAAUGCCUUUUUAUGCCAACAAACAGUCUCACGGGUUAACUUAAACCUUGAUUGUUUUCAGUCAGACAUGAGACAAAGUAAUACUGAGCUAGGGAUCAAAACCAUGAUAUCAAUCCUCCUGAUAAUGAUUGUUAAAGUUGGCCCAUGAGAUAUAAUGUGGUCUGUUUUAGCACUUUGUCUAUUGUUUUGUGGCGUCUACAGGCUAUCAGGGACAAACCUCGGCUCCUCUUAAACCAUGGACGUUGUUUUGUUUAGCUUGAGCGACGUGAAUGCUAAGGGGCUGCCAAGCUCCUCAACAUAGAAAACAGAUGUCGUGACUAUUGUCAGUGGGGUUGUUCAUCAAGAACCAAUGUUCUUGGAGAUAAUGGGGAUAAGGAAUUAAAUGUAUUUGUUUUUUAUACAAUCCCUAACAGAAAAUUAGGUAUUACUAUUACUACUUCAGGAAAAGCAGAAUAAUUGCGUCUACUCUGCAAUAAUGAACUAAAUGUGUAGAUUGUGCCUUCAACUCGUAACUAUUACAUAGAUAAUUGCUUAUUAAGGUUUACAUAACUUUAAUUUUCUUAAUCGUAUUUACAGCUUAGUGCAAGUGUAGCAUAAUCAUAUCUUCAGUAUUCCUCUCUCUGCAGUUUGUCUGCAGUGCAAGCCAUUUGAGAAGCUUCAGUACAUGUUCAUCUUACGUUAACUACUCUGUCUACAACAACAUUGUAGUGUCUGACCAUGUAAAAUGCCAGAACAGUAUGGAACAAACGUUAAGAACUAAAGUCCAUUCCAGGUGAGAUGAGACCACAACUUGAUUGUAUUCAUUGCCUUUCACUGUAAAGCCAUAGAUCUACUAUGUCAUUCAUUUCAAGGUAAUUCCGUUGUUCACAAUGAAGGAAGUUGUGAUUCUACAGGGUUUUACCACCCAAGGCAGGGGUAGGGCAACCCUGGUCCCGGAGUGCCGUGGAUAACUCAGGUUUUUAUAGUUUACGUAUUUAUAUUUGCUUUAGACUUGGGAGGACAGAUAGAUGGAAUUUAGCCCAUCAAUGAUAUGGAAUAAUUAGCUCAGUUGGCGAGGUGAUGAGUCUGGUGUGGUGCCUGGAUGGACCUAAACCCUGCUGUGCCUGUGGCACUCCAGGACCAGGGUUGUCCGCCCCUAACCUAUGGUGUCAGACUUAUUGCAGUAUGAUGAGAGAUUGAAGGCAUUCAUAUACCAGUUGUAGGUGUUGGCCUACCUUACCAAAUGAGAAUAAUUCUCACCCCCUCUGACGGACCAGCUCUGAAAUAUCGACUUGAUAAUAUAAUAAAAUAUGAUAUGAUGGUUUGAGGGGUUUUCUUUCCUAAUUGGCUUUUUGGGGGGUGGUAAAAGAUACGAUGUGAUAAAAUUGACAUGUUUUUCAUAUAACAUUUUAUCAAGGAGUUAUAAUAUAAUCUUUAACUAUCAGAUGUUCAUUUUAGAGACAACUAAUUAUAGUUUAUAUGAAUUUAAUACUUUAUGAAUUUGCGUGUUAAAUGUACUUGUUCGAUGGGCAAGUGACAUUUCCCCCAAUGGAAAAAGUGGUUUACGCUCUGGAUACCAGCGCACCACACUCUGCAAGAGGACCAGCUCACUCUAACUAGUCAAUCAUUCCUUUAUUUUCUCAUUUAUGAUGCUUCAAUAAGAUGUUUUUUAUAUAGCCUAUAUGUUUAUUAACCAGUUUGCACUGUAUCAUUGCUGAAAUAUAAUUAUCUUUGGUACUUUUUCUAUAUUGAUAUUGUCUUAAGGCUUCAGUGCAGGUUAGUUUCACAAUCUAUUCUCUUAAAGUAGAAAAAUUCAUUUCCUCUAACAAUUGAGUUUGGAGUGGAGUCUGUUCAUCAAGAUUGAAUGACAGUCCCUUCAGUUGUUAGGGGAUAUCAUUUUAUAAGAGCAAACAUUUGAAAGAAAUGUGUUUGUCUUUAUUUGCUACUAUACUUUGUUUUUCAGUGAGUACAGUGUAUCCUCUACUGAAGUAAUGGCAGUCGUGGACUUUGCCUUACAAACCAGCCGAUAGAUAACGAAAGAACCAAGAUUUUUACACUGAAAUCAUUUAAGCUUCCCUAAUGUGAUACCUUUAUGGUUCCUUUUGGAUGAAGGACCUUAUUCCUAUGUCAAGUCUAAUCUUCAAGUGCUUCUCACUUUGUUUUGUAGACUUCUACAUCUCUGUGGUCCUAUAACUCUUUUGUAAUGGUACGUUUUGUAAAUAUUGUUUCUGAAAUGAAUUCUGCUAUUUUUCCAGAGCACUUUAAUAAACAGAGAGCCAAUGAA